AUGGAAUUUAUAAAACGACUUCGCCGUUAUCGAUUUUUCCAACAUUCGUUCACCGAUCCAUCGGAAUUCUUCGACAGCCUAAUUGUGGUUCCAAGCAUGGUUGCCAAACUUACCAAUUUGAACGUAUUGAACAAGGACCACCAAGUUUUCACCUGGAAUUUGGCACCAGUGGUCACGGGUAUGCUUACGUACUUUUACACAAGUUUCGAUACUGCUUAUGCUGUUCGUGAAAGUACCGAGGAGUUGAUUUUUUGCCUGGUGACAAUCGGAAUUGGAAUUCAGGGAGCCGGCAGAAUUUUCACGUUUUUAAUUUUUCGUGAAAAGUUGGUGUGGAUUCAUCAGUACACGAAGGAAUUGUACCGCGAGGAGUGCAAUCCCCGCACGAAGUCUUUUCUGAUGGACAGUGUAUUUCUGCUAAGUGUUAUACUCAAGGUUAUGCUGACGUGCUAUGCUUUCACCAGUAUUUCAUUGGUCGUUGCUCCUUUGCUGUUUACGAUCGCAUCUGGAGAAAAGAUCCUCCCCUUUGGCUUCUACCUUCCUUAUUGGGAUCGAUUCACGUGGUUUGGUUAUUUCUCUAACUAUGUUUUGCACAUUUUUAUGACGGUUUAUGUGUCCUCUAUGGACAUGGGAACGGAUUCAAUCUACAUGAUGACAUUAAUGAGUGCAUUCACACAGAUUGAUUUGCUGAAAAUGUCACUGGAAGAAAUGAGCGAAAUGGUAGAUCAAAAACACGAGGAUUUGGAAAACUUUUUCAAAAAGCUCAUAAAUCGCCAUCAAGAACAUUUGCAUUAUUUACGAACUGUAGAAAUUGUCUACUGUUUCAACUUUUUCAUCACAUUCCUAUGUUUGGCAUCAGUUUUGAUCAUGUCGCUGUUUGCUGUAGUCAAACUUUCCUGGUACCAAGGCUAUGUCUUUAUCGCGUUCAUCAGCUAUCAACUAUUCUUCGGGUGCUUUCUGGGAACACUACUGGCUAUGAAGAACGAGCAACUGCAGCAUGAGAUCUACAAAAUAUCCUGGUACAAGCUAUCCAUUCCGCACCAAAAGUUGCUCCAGUUUAUGCUGAAAUCCGCCCAGGAACCAGUAUGUUUGACGGUGAUCUUUGCCCCUCUCGAUAUGGGAACAUUCUUACAGGUUUACAAGUCGAUCUACAGCAUGUUCACAAUGCUGCUGACGGUGCAGGAGGAAGAAUAG